CUUUUAUUUUUCUUUUCUUUUUUCUUUCUUCUCACUAGGUCUACUUUUACCCUAAAUUGGAUUGCUCCUGCAAUCUUUGUUUGAGAACUGAAUUGGAUAUCCUUUUGCCCCAUGAUAAAUUUUUCCAUUAUUUGGCAUUGCAUGGUUAAAUUUUGAGAAUUUGCUUGUUUCACAUUGUUUUCUCAUUUUCUUAAAAGAUUUUCUCAAAUGAAACAUCAACCCUUCUGAUUUCCCACUCUUAAAUUUGUAGAUAAAGCUCUUACAGCACGGUUUGCAUGCUUAUAUUGAAAUACCAUGUCACAUUCUUUUCUUUUUGUUUAUUGGUUUGCCAAAAAUCGAUUUGGUUCAGUUUUAUAUUUGGUUCAUGGGAGCAGUUAUUGACUCAGUCUUAUAUUGAGGUAAGCAGUUAUUGAUUCAUGGAAGAAUUCGCUAGGCUGUGACUUAUAUUGAAAAUGGAUUAUCUCUGUUUUCUUACAAACUUGAUACUUCUUGUACAGCGUGGUUUGGAUGCGCAUUUUUAUUUAAUUUUGACUAAAAUAGAUUCAAUUUCUUGAUAUUUUAUCCCAAAAAAUAAAAUUCAAAAAAAUUAAUAAAAAAUAAAUAAUAUCUAGGUAUUAAUUUUUACAUUUUACAUCUUGCCUACCUAUUACUUCUACAGCUAAUCCAAUACAAAUACCCAUAACUUCUUAGUCUUUCAACAUAUUAUUCCCAAGGGUUAUCAAACAUUCUUAAGUAACUUCUAAUUUAUUUACAGUUCAUGAGGAACUUCCAAUUUACAAAUUCAAUUUACAAAACUUGUUAUCAAACAGUGCUUAGAGAGAGGGAGAGAGGGGAAGAGCUCUCUCAUUUGGGGCCCUACCAAUGCUCCAUAAUCCUUAGGCUUUUCUCCGGCAAUUUUUCUUGGCAAAUCCGACCGUCAAUCCGCUUUCGUUUGAAGUUCAAAGGUCUCUUGCUUAAAAUGAAGGAAGAAGAGCUCUGGAAAUGCCAAAUCCAGGAUUGGUAUCCGAAGUUCAAAGCUGUUUCCAUCAAAACCCUCUUCCAUAAGCUUCCGGAGCCCUUUGUUGAGUACCUUAUGGAUGAUUCAGGUCCUUUUGUUCUCCCAAAAACCAUCUCGAAUCAAGAUGCUCUACCACAUAGACUGAAACCCACAUGCCCAGAGUUGCAGGGUGAAGAUUAUCAUCCAUGGGAAGAAGAAAAAGAAGAAAAUGAAGAUGAAGAAGACACCCCAAGUUUCCCUGAAUUGGAGCUGACGGUGAACCAGUCAAUUGAAAUACUCGGUCGUUCUGUGUUUCCUAAGCUCAACUGGAGUGCCCCAAAAGACACUGCUUGGAUAAGUCCUAAUGGCACACUGCGUUGCACUUGUUUCAGUGAGAUCGCCUUGCUCUUGAGGUCUUCUGACAGUCUGGUUCAUGAUCUCUGCCAUGCUUUUGAUUCAUGCGAGGACAAGUCCUGUUCAAGGCCACCACAAUUUUACCUGGCGCUUCGUAAGUGGUAUGGCGGGCUUAGGCCCGAGAUGGAGUUCCGGUGCUUUGUUCGUGGGGGUCUCCUGGUUGGCAUCUCUCAGAGAGAGAUCACAGGGUUUUACCCCUCCGUGUUCGAGGAGCAACCCAAUCUCGAAUCCCUAGUUUUUGAAUUUUUUGAGGAGCACGUGGUGGAAAAAUUUGAACUAGAAAACUACACAUUUGAUGUUUAUGUGACCAAGGAUCGGCGGGCUAAGCUCAUAGAUUUUAAUCCUUGGGGGGCAUUUACUUUGCCACUCUUGUUCUCUUGGGAGGAAUUGGAGAAGAAUUUUGAUGAACUUGUGAAAACAAAUGAUGCCUUGGAUGCGGAUGAAGAAGGAACAAGUGAAACAUUUGAGAGAGUAAGUAUCGAGGGUUGUUCGAAAAAUGUUAGGAUAAGUGCAGGGAGUAAGAUGUUGAGACUAAGGGAGAGAGGUUAUCAUGUUGAUUUUAGAGUUGUUGUAAGUGAGGGUGCAGUGCAGCCAGGCUUGAGAGCAAUGAGUGGUGUUCCUUAUGACUACAUUGAUGCUGCUCCAGGAAGUGCCUGGGAUCAGUUUUUAAAGAAUGCGGAUGAAGAACUGCAAAGGCAAGGAUUGGAACUUGAUUAAAUACUCACCAGGUUAAUCUGCAAUUCAUAUUGUGAUCGGAUCUUAAAUUACGUGUUAUUGACGCAGAAGGGCAUUUACUUUGACAAGCGUUGUGUUCAAAUGUCUGAAUGUCAGGUAUGGAAAGAUGUCUAUCAACGUUUCUGUUACAUAUUUGCCUUCUGUACUCUUUCCGGUGUUUUUUUGUGCAUGCUGGUCCAAACCAAAAUGCGCUAUAUUUUGCAAGGAAGAAACACAUGAGAAAGAUUAUACUUGUUUAGCAAUUUGGAUGGACAUAAA